CGUACGACGAUGCAGCGCCGAGCGACGGCCGUGAAGCAGAGCGGCAGCAUCUGGGACAAGGAAGCGACCGACUACUGGAAGGACAUCAAGGUCCACGACGCCGAUGCCAGCGCGACGACGUCGCAGCUGGGGCGCGUGGUGCUCUUGGCGGGCGCGGCAAUGGCGGCGCUGCUGCUGCUUAUGGGCGGUGUGUACAUGACGAUGCCCACCGACGUCUCGCCCGAGGUGCACGCAGGCAUCGUCCGCGCCAACUGCACGGCGCUCGCUGUGCAGUCGCGGUGGCACGCCGACAUGUGCAAGCGCAUCUGCCCAGAGAACGAGUUCAACGACCCGUGCACGAACGGGUGUCUCUACGGCACGAUGACCGUGACCAAGGCGGUCUGCGCCGAGCGGCCGCUCAACGCGACCGACCGCAUGACGUGUGUGCCUCGCGUCGACUGCGCGGGCGCGUGCGUCGAGUACGCCAGCGUGCGCCCGAUCCCGGCCAAGCGCAACGCGUGCGAAGGCGGGUGCAACUCAGUCGUGCCCUCGAGCUGCAAGCGUGCGAUGGACCUCUUUGACGAGCUGGCCAAGGCGCCAUGACCAUGCUCAUGCAUAUAAAAGCAAACCCACGAAUCGU